AUGAUAGAUAACGGUACCAAUAACACGAUUGUAUCCGAAUUCAAUUCAAGUGAAUUGUGCAUAGACGAUGGGAAUACAAGUUAUUCAAACUUUACCAAUGAGCACAGUGGAACAAACGAUACAUUUAUGACUUUAGAUGAAUACUUGAACAAAACUCUUCCGUUGCACCUCGAUCAACUUGUGCUUGAUACAAAUCAAAGGGAGCUAUUCGACACAGCAGCCAAAUCGAUACUAUCAUCUGCUCUACUAGAAAGACAACAACAAUCAUUGCAAACAAUUUCGAGCAAACCACACUCUUCUUUUUCGUCCCAGUCUUUUGCUCAAGGUCUAAUAGUUGGUCAAUUGAGCGUUCUUAUAGUAUUGAUAUUUGCUAUAAAGUUCUUUGUCUUCAGUGAAGGUGGUGCCAAGACCGCGACUGCAAAGAGUGUAGCUACAACGUCUUCUUUCAUGGACUCUACAAAAAACAGUAUCCUCUCUACAAUUAUAAAAAGGGGAGGUAAAGAUGGUUUGGAAGUAGCUGAACAAGAAAAUGAUAAAUCGAAACAGAUCAACUCUAUAUUAGAAAAAACGUAUUACAAUGUGGAAACGCAUUCCCCAGAGUCAUUGGACUGGUUUAAUGUGCUUAUUGCUCAAACUAUACAGCAGUUUAGAGAAGAAGCUUUACAAAAAAAUAAUAUCAUCAACUCAUUAAACGAUUUUAUUGAGCGGAGGUCUGAUGAACUACCACAGUAUUUGGACCAAAUUAAAAUCACAGAGGUUGAUAUAGGUGACGAUUUCCCAAUCUUUUCAAACUGUAUAAUUCAGUAUUCUCCAAACUCAAACAAAAAAAGACUGGAAGCUAAAAUAGAUAUUGAUUUGAGCGAUAGGUUAGCUUUGGGAAUCGAAACUAGACUAUUACUAAAUUAUCCAAAACCACUGUCAGCUGCUCUACCAAUUCAAUUAACUGUAUCUAUCGUUAGAUUCCAAGCAUGUCUCACCGUAUCUUUAACUACAGAUGAGCAAUUUGUUCCUACAUCUAAGGAUGUGGGUGACGAAAUGGGUAACGAAAAGGGUUACUAUUUGAUGUUUUCUUUCAAUCCUGAAUAUAGAAUGGAAUUGGAAGUAAAAUCCUUGAUUGGUGCACGGUCAAAACUAGAGAAUAUUCCUAAAAUUGCCAGCCUCAUUGAGUAUCAAAUUAGCAAAUGGUUUGUGGAAAGAUGUGUCGAACCCAGAUUCCAAUUUGUAAAACUCCCAAGUAUGUGGCCUAGGAGUAAGAACACCAGAAAGGAAAAAACUGAUACAGAUGAUACAGGCUCUGUCAAAUCAAAUGAUUAA